AUGGCGGCGCCAGAGCGGCUUUUCCCAAACGCGAGCCGCUCCGACAUCAGAACCCGCUUUCACCUCGGCAAGCAGCUGGGGCAGGGCGGCACAGGCGUAGUAACCGUAUGCAGCGACCUUCAAACGGGGAUACCGGUCGCGGCGUGCAAGAGCGUGCCGAAGAGCAAGCUCCAGCGGCGCGACGCGCUGGAGGAGCUGCAGCGCGAGGUGCACGCGAACCGGCGCGUGCGCGGGCACGCGCACGUGGUGGAGCUGCGCGGGCUGUACGAGGACGCGCACGCCGUGCACCUCGUCAUGGACCUCUGCAAGGGCGGCGACCUCUACGACUUCCUCAUCGCACGCUCGCCCGUCGCAGAACCCGUCGCAGCCGAAAUCGCCAGGCAAGUGCUGCUGGCGCUGGCGCACUGCCACGCGGUGGGCGUGAUGCAUCGCGACAUCAAGCCGGAAAACAUCCUCCUCGUCGCGCCCGACGACGGCUCGGGCCGCGUGCACGUCAAGCUCGCCGACUUCGGGCUCGCCGUGCUGCUGCGGCCGGGGCAGCGCGCCGUGGGCAUGUACGGCAGCGCCAUCUACAUGUCGCCCGAGGUGGUGUGCCGCCGGCCGUACGGCCACGCGGUGGACCUCUGGGGUCUCGGUGUCAUCGUCUACCUCGCCCUCGCCGGCUACAUGCCGUUUUGGGGCAGCACGGACGAGGAGCUCUUCCUGCGCAUUCUCCGCAACUCCCCCGACUUCCGCGCGGACCCCUGGCCGCGCGUGUCCCCGCAGGCGGUCGACUUCAUCCGCUCGCUGCUCCACUCCGACCCCGCGCACCGCCCCUCCGCGCUCGCCGCGCUGCAGCACCCGUGGAUCGUGCAGCACUGCGGCGGCCCUGCCGCCUCCCCCGCGCCCUCUCUUUCGGCCGAGCCCAUGCCCGGGAUGACGCCCAAGGCCCCCGCGGCUGCGCGCAAGUCUGCGCCAGCGGGGGAGAACGGGGCGAAGGUGCACCCGGAGGCGGGCAAGGCGCAGCAGCUGCCGCGUGCGGGUAGCACGGAGGCGGGCGGGGAAGCGGCGGUAAUUGCGCCCCUCUCAACCCUUAACAAGAUCCGCGUGGGCGGAGCGGGGCAGUCCGGGGGACAGUCAGCCGCGCACCAGGGCAGGGCAAUGGACGUUGAUUCCGACCAAUCAGUUCCUAUUGCUCCAGUCGCUUCCGCCUCUUCCGCCGCCUCCGCUUCUUCCGCCAUGCCCGCGCCCAUGAAGCAGCCGCGGCAAGCGCCCGCCGGUGGCCAGCGGCAAUGGCCAACGCAGCAAGUGGAAGCGGUGCAAGCGCAAGCGCAAGGCGGGGAGGAGGUGCAGCCGCUGCAGCGCACGCGGCGGUCGAGUCAGCCGCGCGAGAAACGCGAGGGUCGGGGAAAGUCGACGAAAGGCCCGUCUGCCGCGGAGCAGCAGGUGCGCGGACGGCCCCGCCACCGCGAGUCCGCAACAGCCCCGCGCGCCAUGGAUGUCGACGAACCGAUGUCGUCGCAGCAGCCGUCGCAGGGGUCGUCGCAGGCGCACGCACUGCCGCCAAUCCAGGUUCCGCCUGCCGCGGGCUCCGCGCCGUCGCCGUCGCCGUCGCAGACGCCCGCCAGGUCGCAGGCCGCCACGCCCACGGCGCCGGCGACUCGACCGCGCGCGUCCCACUUCCGCUUCUUCUCCCCCAAGCGCAAGUCGCGCGCCGCAACUCACGUCACCGUCGCCGACGCGCCCUCGGGCGACUCGACCCCGAUGUCCAUCCCCGGCACCCCCACGUACCUUCCCCUCGACUCGCCCUCCGCCUCCUCCGCCACACGAGGCGGCGACUCGAGUCGCUCCUCGUCGUCGAUCAUGGACGCAGCGCCCUCGUGCUCAGUCCCGGUUUUCCGCCGCCAAUCGUCUUCCUCCUCUUCCACGCCGCGGUCUCGCACCGCCAAGCCGUCAGUCAUCACCAUCCCGCUGCGCACUCAAGCGUCUGCCACGUCAGCUUCGGAAGUGACAACGGUCGAGAUUCCCUGCCUCAGGACCGAGCCACCUCUCGACCCAACCAAGCAGCCGCCUCCCUUGCCUGAGCUGCAGGCUCGGCUAUCCCAACCCGACGGCUCCCUCCCAGUGCCUGAGCUCCUCUCGUACCUCCGCCCGCGCCCCUCCUCCCCCCGCCGCGCGCCCGCCGCCUCCGCGGACGACUCCGCGCCUUCCUCCGCCGCCUCCUCCGCCCCGCAGAAGCGCGGCUUCGCGAAACCCGCGUGGAUGGAGGCGAUUCGCGCCGCCAAGCCGGAGGACUCGCUGGCCGGGCAGGCCGGCGCCGCAAGCGGCGGGCUGCCGGCGGGCACGGACGCGCGGAGAGCGUCGAGCCAGUUCCUCGCGUCGAACCCGGCGCGCAAGUCGCCGGCAAUUGCGGCGGGCUUGGCGGCGGACGGUAGCAGCGCGGACAAGGGCGGCAGCCGUGCAGGCGUGUCGAUCAAAAUCCCCGCGGAACAGCCAGGCGCGGAGCACCGGGAGCAGCACGAGCAACGCGAGCAGCGGGAGCCGCGCGAGCCGCGCGAGCCGAAGAAGAAGGUCCGGUCGCCCGCCACGCGCCCGUCGCAGCCGCCCGAGUCGCCCAGGACGAUCCCUCUUGACUCGCGCCAGUCGCCCAAGCCCUCCCCUUCGUCGCUCGUCGACCCGCGGCAGUCCCCGCGCCUGUCCUCUCCGCGCAACCCGCGCGCGGGGGGGAAGCUCGUUCCGCCGCUGGUGCUCCCCAUACGCGGAGCCUGCGAGGCGGAAAAGGAAAAGCCCCUUCGCCGGCGGGACUCCGCGCAGCGGGGGGCGGGAACCGGCGAGGGCGCAGGCGGAAGCGCAAGCGGGGGAGAGGAGAGCGCGUAUCUGAGCUGCAAAUCCCCUUCCGCGAGUAGCGUUGCUAGCAGCGUGACGGAGGGGUGGUCCCCGUUUAUGAGCAGCGCGGGCAGCGUGAGCGGCAGCAGCAACGCGGGCAGCGGCGGCAGCAGCCCUUACCACGCGGAGACGCUGACGCCAGCGCUGACGUCAGUGCUAAAGAUGAGAGCCAUGGUGCGCGUGCCGGUGGGCGGCAGUGGCGGGCAGAUCGCGGGGCAGGCUAGGGGGCUAGGGUCGAUAGUGCGGGCCUUUGCUGCUCUCUCCACUGCACAGCCCGACUCUGGUGCUGGUAAUGGGGUUACCACCACUGCUGGUGGCAAGUCCGCUUCUGUCCCGGUCACCCCCGUCCGCAACCCGUUCAGCAGCAACGUCUCAUCCUCGUCAUCAUCUGCCGGGUCAGCGUCGGCGCACGUGGCGAGCCUCCGCGCUGCUGGCGCCACGUCAGCAGGGCCACGGGCGUCUGCCAGCGUGGCAGCUGCAGCGGCAGCAGCGUCUGCGAGUGUGGGCGCUCCUGCUGCAGCGAAUGCUUCAGGCUACACCAGCAGCUCCUCAGGUUACUGCAGUGGGUCUGGUUCUGCCCCUCCCUUCCGGCCGCCUGUGCCCAAGUGGGGUGAGGGGGGUGUUGGGAAUGCCAGGGCCAAGGGAGGAGCGCUGGCGGAAGCAAGGGCGAUUAUCAAGCAGAGGCAGCUGCUGCUGCAGCAGCAACAGCAGCAGCAGCAGCAGCAGGAUGGGGAUUUUGGGCAUGGCGCUGGCAUGGUGGGAUUGGCACCUGGAGGCACGUGGCUGGCCUCUCGGUGA